AUGUUAAUUCAUUUGCCUCUUACACCUACUCCGCAAUAUCUUUAUGCCUCGAAUUCGAGUAAAUCUCCAGAAUUUUCUUUGCUGAAUUACACAGGAAAUUUUCAAGGAACUUAUCUUUCGGGUUCAGUUGCUUGGAAAAAUAAUAUUUAUGCAUUCGGAGGGGAAGGAGCCAAAGAAGGAAAUUUCAAAAAUACAUUUAUUAAAAUUCGCAUAGACUCGAAUCCAAUCAUAAUUGAGCAACUCGAUAACACCAACGCACCAUCACCACGUGGACGACUAACUCCAGUUGUCGAUAAGCAAGGAAAAAUAUAUUUUUUCGGAGGAUGGGAUGGUACAGGGAAUGAUAACACAAUGUAUAUUUUCGAUUCUAAUAAUGCUACAUUGACAACAGUGAAAUCAAAUAGUGCACCAGAUAUGAUUUGGGGUUACGCUGCGAUUUUUACAAAUGGAGGUAUUGUAAUAUUAGACUUAUCCACAACAAAACUGACACAGCCGAAUGUCGAGGGAAAAAGACCGGAUUAUAUUCCGUUUCAAGCAACAGCAACCUAUUUUAAUGAUUAUAUUUUUGUGGCGUUCGGUAAAAGGAACAAUGAUUCGAGCGCGGAAUUUAAUAUUCUAGAUAUUUCUAGUGGCGCUUUAAAAUGGGUUCAAGUGGCUGAUCUCACUAGAACUCCAAAACCACCGUCACCGUCAAUACUAAUGCAAAAGCCAACACCACAGUCGUCUCAACCAACCACUAGGAGCAGUAGUCACUAUAGUAG